AUGAGUGAAAGCCGCCAGACCCAUGUGACGCUGCACGACAUUGACCCGCAGGCCCUGGAUCAGCUGGUGCAAUAUGCUUACACUGCGGAGAUCGUGGUGGGUGAAGGGAAUGUGCAGCUUUGGAUCUGAUGCUCCGGCCACUCCGAGCACCGAGAAUCAUGAAGUGCAGCUCAGGUCAGAUCAGCAGCUUGACCAUGAGGAAAGUACACGAUGUCGCACCUUAGUGGAGACGUCUAGCCUAGGUGCAGCCUGGCCUACGUGUGCAGAAAUGAAAAGUUAGUUUCCUACAAAAUCUUGCACCAGCCUUUUACCUGUGUGUGUGUAUCCGGGGGGGAAUGGGGGCGGGGGCUCCAACCCCUUAAAUUUUGCUACUCCAUGAAAUCAAACAAAAUUACUGUUUUUUUUUUUCUUCCCCCCAAUUCAAAAACACAAGCAUCUUUGCAGUCCUCUCUUGCCUGGAAAGAACCUGUUUGUCUUUUGAAAUGAAAAACUUGCAAAAGCUUUAUAUUAAAUUUGUACUGAUUUGGGGGAAGGGCAGGGGAGAAAAUCCGAAUCUCCAUCAGCUUUGCCUUUUCUUUCAGACACUUGUUUCCCCUCCGGUCCCUGAUCCCAUGUCCCUGAGUCUUCAGCUCCGUGUAACUGAAUCACACAGCCCAGGGGCCUUCUCGGGAAAGAACGAGACAGCUGGCCGCAGAACCUGUUGUUGUUGUUCUCACUUGUUUCCAAAUUCUGCUUUCUGCGCUGGCCUGACGUGACCCCUCCUCUACCCUAUCUUCGUGAGGGUCUGCGAGGGAUGGAGCGUGAGUCCUGCAACCUCGCUCCAGCUCAGCACAAAGAGUAGAAUUCGGGGCACUCCUCUAAAAUAGCCGGCAGCCGCUCUGUGGCUGCUGAUUCAUUUUAUACUGACUAAGCUGCUGGCAAGGAAAGGAUCGAGCUGUUUUUCGUGACACCCAGAGCCUGCCGGGGGUGGGAUGGGAGAACCCAUUGCAGAGAUGCGGGUGGUUCAGGCUUUUGUUUGAGAGCUGCCACUCCACCCUGCCUCUUGUAAGGCCUGUUCAGGCCCAUUGAGGUUAAUGGGAGUCUUUCUGUAGGCACUUUUGCCUCUCAUCGCCUGGGAGGUGAAGGGUUCUCCUGCAUUCUGUAUCUGAGGAAGUCAGCCAGCCCCAUAAAGGCGCAAAGCCACAGAGGAAGCUAUGAGAGAGUGGGUCAAGUGCAGACUUUCAAUGGGACUUUCUGUGGGAUGUGCUUGGCCCACGGGCUGCACUCUGGAUCCUAGAUCUUAGCUGGGCUCCUAGGAACUGUGUCCCAGGGCUCUCCCAGGCCAGGGUAUCUCUUGACCGCUGGCCCUGUCUCUGUGGGGAAAGCAUUAGGCCCCUGCUUGAGGAAGAGGGGAUGGUGGGGCUGUCUCUGCGGGCAGCAGUGGUGGAAGCGGUGGGCUGCAGCCCCAGCCGCUUCCCUGUCUGCCCGCAGACGCUGCUUCCAGCCGCCAGCCUCCUCCAGCUCAACGGCGUGCGGGACGCCUGCUGCAAGUUCCUGCUGAGCCAGCUGGACCCAUCCAACUGCCUGGGCAUCCGGGGCUUCGCCGACACGCACUCCUGCAGCGACCUGCUCAAGUCCGCCCACAAGUACGUCCUCCAGCACUUCGUGGAGGUGUCCAAGACGGAGGAGUUCAUGUUGCUGCCGCUGAAGCAGGUGCUGGACCUCAUCUCUAGCGACAGCCUCAACGUGCCAUCUGAGGAAGAGGUGUACCGGGCUGUGCUGAGCUGGGUCAAACACGACGUGGACAGCAGGAGGCAGCAUGUCCCCAGGCUCAUGAAGUGCGUCCGGCUGCCCCUGCUGAGCCGGGACUUCCUGAUGAGCAACGUGGACACGGAGCUCCUGGUCCGGCACCACUCGGAGUGCAAGGACCUGCUGAUCGAGGCCCUCAAGUACCACCUCAUGCCGGAGCAGAGAGGGGUCCUCGGCAACAGCAGGACCCGGCCCCGGCGGUGCGAGGGGGCCAGCACUGUGCUCUUCGCCGUGGGUGGGGGGAGCUUAUUCGCCAUCCACGGAGACUGCGAAGCCUACGACACGCGGACGGAUCGGUGGCACAUGGUGGCCUCCAUGUCGACCCGGAGGGCCAGGGUGGGCGUCGCUGCCAUCGGAAACAAGCUGUAUGCUGUGGGCGGUUACGACGGGACCUCCGACCUGGCCACAGUGGAGUCGUACGACCCGGUUACCAACUCCUGGCAGCCGGAGGUGUCCAUGGGCACCAGGCGCAGUUGUCUGGGGGUGGCGGUGCUUCACGGGCUCCUCUAUGCAGCUGGGGGAUAUGACGGGGCCUCAUGUCUGAACAGCGCUGAGAGGUACGACCCCCUGACGGGCACCUGGACCUCGAUCGCCGCCAUGAGCACCAGGAGGCGAUACGUCCGGGUGGCGACAUUAGAUGGCAAUCUCUACGCCGUCGGGGGAUACGAUAGCUCGUCCCACUUAGCCACGGUGGAGAAGUUUGAGCCGCAGGUCAACACCUGGACCCCCAUUGCCAACAUGCUGAGCCGGAGAAGCAGCGCCGGUGUGGCCGUGCUGGAAGGGAUGCUCUACGUGGCCGGCGGCAACGACGGGACCAGCUGCCUGAACUCUGUGGAGCGCUACAACCCGAAAACCAACACCUGGGAGAGCGUGGCCCCCAUGAACAUUCGGAGGAGCACCCACGACCUGGUGGCCAUGGACGGGUGGCUGUACGCGGUGGGCGGGAACGACGGGAGCUCCAGCCUAAACUCCAUCGAGAAGUACAACCCCCGCACCAACAAGUGGGUGGCGGCCUCGUGCAUGUUCACGCGGCGGAGCAGCGUGGGGGUUGCGGUGCUGGAACUGCUCAACUUCCCGCCCCCCUCCUCGCCCACCCUCUCCGUGUCCUCGACGAGCCUUUGACAAAGAAUCCAGUUGCACCUUACCUCCAGGGGGCAGCCGCAUGCGGAGGAGCGCCAGGCCACCCUGGCCUGACCCCUGUAGCAGCCAGUCUCUGUAGACCGGAGUGGGAGGGUUCCGGCUGCUGCCUCCAGCCCUGGCCCACAGCAAUUCCGCAGGCCCCUGGGGGGCUCUGCCUCUCUCGGGGCACCCUGCAGUUCAGCGUGCUGAGGGGUGAAUGGAAAGGGGCACUUUCCAUUCAAGAGUCCCCUCUGCUGGCACAUACGGCGGGGGCAGCUCUCGGCUCCAUCCACAAACCUGCCCACAACUCAACUGACUUUUGCGGCCGGCCAGGCCCAGUCGAAACCAUUGCUGCUUUUAGGGUUUACCGUGCCCCGACGUGCUGCACACUGGACAGCCACGCGAGGAAGGAUCCAGGCGGACGGGAGCACCGGGGGUGGGUGACUGACGCAUAUGGUGCUUCUCCAGGAAACCGCUGAACGUACCACCGCUCCUCGGAACGCUACCUUAGCCAAACUCUCGGUCCUGAGCCUCCAGCGUGCUGGUAAAGCCUCCGAGACCGGCGUACGGCUCGCACGGGUGUCUGAUCGAUGCCUUAAAAACCGCAGCCGGGGGAUGCGGCGGGGAGAAGGCCACAAAACUGUGCGGAGCCUCCCGAGCCCUCCGGCAUUUCCAUCCUCUGCUGACCCCGUCCCGCUCGCUGUCCGUCCUGAUUUGCCAUCGCUACGGAGGUCCCCCCACCGACCAGAUGGAUUUAAUGAGCUCACCGGCUCGGGUGCAGUGGCCGUCCCACUGUUACCAAUGGCUGCGCUGCUGCCCCCUGCUCACGUGUCUGUGUCACUGUGUUAACCCGGCGGCUGGGAACAAUCCAGCCUACACACGGCUUCCCUGUCCACAAAGAAGGAUCUAGGCUUGGGCCAGGCCCUUGGUUCCCUAGAACGGUACGACCCGGCAGGUGGUGCAGGCUGCAGGGUCGCACCAUGUUAUUUAUUUAAUGUGUCUCCCAUUUGUAUUUAUUGUACUAAUCUUUUCAUUUUAAUUCUUAUUGACUUUAUUAUUUUUUAAAUUAUUCUGGUGUUCCCCACCCCCCUCCCGCCGACAUGGGAAGGGAGGAGAGGAACGAGCAAGCGACGUUUUUUUAAAUGAUCUCUUGGACAAUGACUAUGGCCUAGAAGUAAGUGUGUGAGAGAGGCCAUAUGUACCAUGAAACCAGCACAGAAGGAACCAUUUGCAGCUAGCAACUCCCUGUCUUAAACUACCCCUCUAAUGGUUGAAUCAUCUUGUACUGUAAUGCACAGGGUUGGCCGUAUAGACCCACCUGUACCAUAGAACUUCGUGGGCGGUGGCUUAGGAUGUGUUCCACUACAUAUGCCGUGCUCUGUGUGUGGUUUGCAUGAAGACAGGAUAACAGGUGUUCCCCAUGGUGUAUAGGAACGGCUAAAGCAUGGAUACCUCAAUAGCACUGGGAGGCUGUUCUGUGACUGACUGUUUGUUUGUUUCGCCCCCUGAUUCUCUCUCCUCCCGACUUCAUCAUCCUUUAGAUUUCACUUGUGAAAAUACUCGCUGACUUGUAUCUCCGGAAGUGACCGGAGAUUUUUUGGUGCCCACGUUGAGACGCUUUAGAAAGGGCCAGCUUUUUCCCCAAGACAGAUGCUUUGCACGUUAAACAGGCCCAGCUCCAGAGCCUGAAGUUGGGCACCCAAAAUCACUAGCUGCCCUCCCCGCCCUCUACCCAAAGACAUGUUCUGGGCUUUUCAGGCCGAAGUAGAUUUUUAGGCUUUUAAAAUAGAUUUAAAAUCUCUCAAUCUUUUCAUUCCUUUCUCCUUGCCAAGUCCCUGAAGGAACCAGCCACCGUUCAACGGCAGUCACAUUCCUGUGUGCUGCUGACGACGCCCUUUUGACGUCCCAACGCCCCCGAUCCUGUGAUUGAAAUGAGCUCCCUGUUAGCACGGCAAGAGCAUCCACCUAUUUCGUGGCCCCUGUGUUGGGUUAACUAGGUCACAAGACGCCAUCUCACUCAAAGUAGGGGUGCAGUCGUGUGUGUGUGCAUUCCACCUUUUGCUCCCUUCUAGCUGUACCUGUCAGCCGCAGCAGGAUUCCCGGUUUCAAGCUAGCUCAUGUCAACCUGCACGCUCAAGACCCCUCUGACACCAGGAUCCUCUUCCAAGGAGGCAGAAGAGAAUCCUAGGAAGGGAGCCCAAGAGCCAAGCCUAGAGCUCCAUGGGCAUUUCAGAGCUGCCAGCUGCUAUGACUUGGCAGAAGUCCUGGGGUUUCUGCUGUGGCCCAUGAGUAGGGCAAAGGGAAUGAGGGCACCAUAGGCCAGUCUCUUCCUCCCGCACCAAGGGAGGGAACCAGCUCGCGCCCGAGGAAGGGAAGUGGAGGGGCCAGGAAGGCAUUGCUGAGGGAGGGAAGUGGACCAUGGUUAAAACAAUAGCUGCCAGUUUGAGAGCAAUGGCCCCACCCCUUCAGCUGGUGUUAGCAAUACUGCGGCGUGUGGGGGACGCUGCUGCUAAGUACUGUCCUCAUCUGAAUCAAGGGGGCUUGGAGCUGAGAGGAUAGGCGGGCGGGGCAGGGAGCAGCGCAUCAGGUGUGGAGGGUGCAGUCGCUCCACCCCAGUGGUGAUGCAGUUCAGACCCAGUGGAGCCUUUGGAAAAAGCCGAGGCCUCCGUUGAAAAAGCAGCCUGCCGGGGGCCACCGCUGGGCGGCGCUGGUGGAGGGUGCCUGCCACCGGCCCAAGGAGUGACAAUCCAUGGCUGGAAGUGUGUGUGUGUGAGAGAGAGAGAGAGAGAGAGACUUGAGUGGACAGAGGCGCUGUUAACUGUUUGUUUCUCCUCCCGUUUUACGUUGUGGUCUCGGACUAACACACAGCAUUGUUACUAAGACAACGGCCCCGGGGAGGUAUUCCCAACAGGGCAGCAUUGCUGAGCAGCAGCCUGCCUUCUGGGGGGGCACAGGGCUGGGCUGCCGUGCGUCACCCAGGGAGCGUCUCCUGCUGCCCCCCUGGAGCCUGCCCCAAGGGCGGGUGGGGAAGGUGAUUCUCUAGUCCCAGCCUGGCGGAGGGAUACGCUUGGCCUAGCUGAGAGGCCACUGAUUCACCCCCCUGUCCAAAUGUCAUUUUUAUUUAUGUCAGUUAUGAUUUAUUUAUGAGGCAUUUACUGUUUGUUUUUUUCUCGAUUUUGCACUACACGGGGGGAACAAGCAAUACAAGCCAAUGUGUAAAAUAAAAAGGUUUUCUUGAUUACUGGA